AUGCCCAAACAGCCAGCGGACUAUUCUCGCAAGAGGCAGCGCCGCCGACUCAACUUCAACAUCAGUCCUAUCGAUCUAGAUCGAGACUACGGACUGUUCGGCAUGGGCUUCGUCCCUAAUCAAUUCGAGUCGAAACCGCUCGUUCCCAAGCGGCCGGACUCCCAGAAGGCUGCCAUGUCCGCCGAACCUACCGCCGAUCAAGUCGAACAAGUGAUCAACUUUACUGGAACUGACAGAACGACGGCGAUCAGAUUUCUCAAGGUGAAGCACAACGAUCCGACAGCCGCCGUCAACGCCAUUUACGAUGAGGAGAAUAUCGAUGCAUUGGAGAAAGCAAACGGCUGGGAUGAGAGCGUUUUCCACGCCGAUCGAAAUGGCAAUCCCGAUAGCAACUUGCAUCCCCUAGGAACAAGCGCCGCACCAACAAGAGGCAAUUCGCCCGCCCGUUCGCUACAUCCCAAUAAUAGAGACGAGGAGGAUGGACAACUCGCGGCCGCGUUGGCGGCGUCGCAGGGAGAUCUCCAGGCCCAAGAAACGGGUAUAAUGAAUGCAAAUGGCGGCUCAGUGCAUUUUGGGCCCUCUGAGCAGGGCAAGGACUAUGUCUCUGGACAGUGGGCGAUGGUUAAAUCAACUGCGUCCGAGCUGGUCCCAGACUUGGAGAUUGAGGACAGAUUACAAGCGAAGGAGGCUGCCGAGCCGCGAUUGCUCAAACACCUUCAAGACGGAGACUACACCCCCAAUCUGUUGACCAUCUGUCACACUAUACCCAGGGCGAGGGAAGCAUUCCUACUUCGAUCACACGUUCGGGACCACUAUGGCGAGGACUCUCACUGGUGGAGUGGCACGCCAAUCCAAAUGCCAACCGUCGUUCAUCUGGACGGAACACCAGCAGAUCCGGACAGCGACAAGCAAGACGAGUUCAUCGCCGAGGUGCAAAGACUGAUGGCAUUUCUCGACGCCAGCGAUCGGGUGUAUGCGUCUGUGGGUGCGCUUUCCGGGACGGCAUUGAUCAAAGAUAAGGAGUCGACUUCGGGCACUCUUCUAGAAUCGUUCUUGCAAAGCUGGUCAGACGCGGUGGAGAGCAAGCAAGGUGGCGCUUAUGAUUUCGCCCGUCUAUUCACUUCGAAAGUCGGAACGAGCGCUGAGUCGGGCAUGAUCACCCCCAAUAUGAUGGUGGUGGACUUGAAUGUGGAGACUGGUGAAGGACAAAAGAAGGAUCUGUCCGAGCUUCUGGAUGAUCUCCUGUGGGACGCAGAAACUAAGAAUCCGAAUGACUACGACAUGGCGGACAGGUACAUUGAGCGGCCAGCGGAUGUGUUCGUGAUGCGUUUGCAGCAGAAAACACCACGGGUCCAGCUCGGUGUCGAGAUCCCCGCGGUACUUCAUCUAGACAAGUAUCUGGAGGAGAAUGUUGAGUAUUCGCGAGCUGCACGACAGCAAAUGAGGCAGCACCGACAGAGGGUCAGCAAGAUUGAGUCUAUCGAAGGGAGGCUGCAGAAGUGGCAGCAUCCGCAGAAGAGCACAAGGCUGGAAGCUGGAGAGAUGCUGAAGCAUACCAUCAACCACUUCUCCGGGCAGAACCGGAAAGACGCUGAGGGCAACGAGUCGACCGAGCUUGAAGCUCCAUCUGAAGCAUACGCAGCUAUCACGAAACAGCUGGAAGAGGUCGUCGCCAGCAUCUCCGACAAGCUUGAGAAGCUCUCCGCUGAGAAGGAACGCACACGCAACCUCAUCGCCGAGAUCUCGAAAGCACCACCGACUGACCUCCAACAAGCCGGUCUCAAACACCGCUACACCUUGAGGGGUGUCGCCACGAAAUCGAACAUCACAUACGUCCUCCUCCCGAAACGCAACGACAGCCCACCCAGUCCAUCUCAAAAUGGCAUUCCUCCUCCCUCCGACUCCGAAACUCCUCCCGGCAUGCAAUGGUGGCGCCUCGACUACGACAGCACGGUCAUGACUCCCAGAAUCACGCGAACUCCAGCCGACGACUGGGAUGUCCUUCGCGCCGUGGAGCUAGAACACAACUCUGCCCUCCUCGUCUACGCCAGCGAUGCAGCAACCGACUACUCAAACUACAAUCCUCACCUCCCGCAACCUUUGAUGGAGUUCGUCGACCGAGACAACGAGCGCUUCCAGGCGGAUCUUGCUUCUUCCCGCCGCGCACCUCCCAUCGAUGAAAUCCAGGAAAUUCAGUCGUGGGAUCACAUUGACGAGGUAAGGCAGAGUACUGAGAGACGAUUAAGUGUGGACAGCACGAUGGCCGAUCGAGACCCCUCGCCUCCCGGCUAUGAUGAUGCGUUUGACGAUGAGGGUUAUGGUGAUGGUCGGUAUGGCGGUCGAGCGGACAAUGAAGUCCAUGAGAUUCGAUUAGAUCCUCCUCCUGAGGGGGAUGUGGAGAUGAUCGAGAGGGAGCAUGCGCCCUUGACACUGACGAGGUCAAGCGGCGGAGGUGCGAAGGUCGCCUCUUCGGAUAUGGAUAUGGGUGGGAUGGAGAGUCAAGACGGGGGGGCGGGUGGGGCUUCGCAUGUUGAAGAUGCGGGUGGGGAUAUGAAGCACUAG